AUGACAGCAAGCCAUCUUGUCGUCAACACAGUGUCGUGGAGGGUACUGCUGCGAGGCACGGCUAACCCCGACGACACGACAACGUUCCGUACUUGGUGCAAAUCACAAGCCGAGGAGCUGGGCCAAAAGCCCGAGCCUGAUCCUUCGAGUACCGUGGCCUGGUUCACUACAUUCACACCACUUGAAGCCAUCCAAGACCCAGACCAAAGCAGUCUCCAGAGCUUGUCGAAGCCAGUGGAUCAGAAUCUCGCAAGCAUACCGUUAAACGGCUUCUCUUACUUCACCUCAUUCCAUGUGCCGCUGCCCAUGGAGAUGACCUUCAACUACCUUGGUAGCACAGUACAAGUUGGCUCCUGA